UAAACACAUCUCCCACUCUGUUCUGCAAACCAUAGUACUAAAAGUUCACUCAAACAGCUACGCUCACCUAUUCAGAUAGAAAAAACACAGUAUAUAUAACAGCAGCAAAAGAUCAAACAGCGAAAAGGCAUAAACCCAAAACACCAUCAAACAUGCCGAUCGCCGCCGCCACCGCCGCCGUCAACUUCCAUCCGGUGACAACACACUACAACGGCACAUUCGCCUCACCACCUUCUUCACCCUUCCGCACCUCCGUUUCCAUAUCUAAUGCCGUCAACACACGUGUUACUUCCCUCUCGUUCUCCAUGAAUUCCCGCCCUAAUUUCACCGCCAGCCGCCGCACAUUCCUACUCUUAUCCUUCGCUGCUUCAGGCGGCAGCGGUGGAGACGAUAAUUUCAAUGGAGGUAAUGGAGGCAGCAGCGGAAACGGUGGAGGUGGCGGCGGUGGUGAUAACGAGGAGAGCGGCGAUCAGAAAAACAACAAAAAGGAAGCUUUGAUGGCACUGACGGAGGCAGGUAGGUCAUUGGAGAGUUUGCCGAAGGAUAUGAAGGCAGCGAUAGAGGAUGGGAGAAUACCUGGAUCCAUAGUAUUAAGGUUCUUUGAGCUAGAGAAAUCUCCAUUAUUGGCAUGGUUGCUUCAAUUUGGAGGGUUUAGGGAGCGGCUUUUGGCAGAUGAUCUUUUCUUAGCUAAGAUUGCUAUGGAAUGCGGCGUUGGUAUAUUCACCAAGACUGCUGCUGAGUAUGAGCGCCGCCGGGAAAACUUUUUUAACGAGCUGGAAAUUGUUGUGGCAGAUGUGGUGAUGGCCGUAAUAGCAGAUUUCAUGCUCGUCUAUCUUCCUGCUCCUACUGUUUCUCUCCGACCACGAAUGGCAGGUGAUGCUGGACGAAUUGCUAAGUUCUUCUACAACUGCCCAGAUAAUGCCUUUCAGAUGGCCCUGCCUGGAACAUCGUACUCGUUGUUGCAAAGAUUAGGUGCAAUAGCGCGCAAUGGGAGUAAACUUUUCGCUGUUGGAACCGCCUCUUCCCUGGUUGGCACAGUAGUGACAAAUGCAGUACUAAAUGCUAAGAAGGCUGUUAAUAAGUCCGAAGAGGUGGAGACUUUGCCUGUUCUUUCAACAAGUGUAGCUUAUGGUGUUUAUAUGGCAGUUUCUAGCAACCUUCGAUAUCAAGUAGUGGCUGGUGUAAUUGAGCAACGGAUUUUGGAGCCCAUGCUACACCAACACAAGUUGCUGUUGAGUGCAAUGUGCUUUGCUGUGCGAACAGGCAACACAUUCUUGGGUUCACUAUUGUGGGUUGAUUAUGCUCGUUUGAUCGGAAUUCAAAAGGCUCACGACGAAGUUCCUAUCCAAAAGGCUCAGGAAGUUGAGUCAUAGGUACAUCCGCUUGGUUUUGAAUUCCAAAAGGUCGAUGUGUGCUUGUUAGACCAUUUGACAUGAAGUAGGUUAGCGGGAAAUGAUUCGCUCUAGCAGAGGUUAUAGACCUAGCAUCUUCUUAGGCCUAUCAAGUAUUUAUACGUGUAUCGUAGUUUGAAGACCUUAAGAUGUUCCUUUUAGGGUUGAGAUAUCUUCUGCUAAGUCUUUGCUUGAAAUUUUCUAUCCUUUCUGGAACUUGAUAAGUACCAACUACAGGAUUGGAUUCUGAUUGUAAAUCGAAUGCAACGUUCAUUUGAGCAGAUUCAUAAUAAGCACACAGUUUAUUUCGCACUUAAUUACGUAUUGAUGAUAUUCUUUCUUGAA